UAUCACAGUAUGAUAUUGCAUGAAAAAAAAAACAUAAUUUAGGAACUAUAACCAAUAUGACAGUUCAGACUACCAAGACAAAUGUGUUUCGUUAAAUAACACUAAAGAGUGAAGUUAGACAUGUGGCCACUAGGUGGCAGUGAGACGCCGGAAUCCAUCUCGCCUGCUGGUUUUAAACAGAAGAAGUGCGGUUUGUCGUCGCCGUUUGAUGACGUGUUGACUCUCAGUGACCGUGAGCUGUUUGACAUGUUGGACGGGAGCGUGCUGACAACAAAACAUGAUGAAUAUAUCUGCUCUGGUGCACAGCCUCAGAUGCUCUUUGCUGCACAUUGAAAGCAGACUUCUGCAGGCGGCCGGACGGACGUUAGACAGACAACUGGCUCCGGCUCUGGCAGUGAAUGGCCCCGGCCUCCUGCCUCAGCUCGACGGGGAGGAGGAGCUGGAGGAGCAGCACCACGACCCGGAGCGGUCUCCGGACCUCCUCGACGGCAUCCUCUGGAUGGCAGCGCCCAAGAAGAGGCGCACGAUCGAGAUCAACCGCACCAGGAGGAGAGCUGAAAGCAAGAUCUUACAAGUCAAGAACAACAUCGAGCCGUGUCCAGAGUGCGGCCACCUGAAGCAGAAACACAUCAUGUGUGGCUUCUGCUACGCUAAGGUGUGCAAGGAGACGGCUCUGAUCCGCCAACAGAUGAAAGCCAUGGAAGGCGGCCCGCUGGCGGCCCCGAGCGUGGAGACGGUGGUCCUGUACGAGGGCGAAGCACCGAGUGAGCUGGACAAAGACAAGAGGAUUGUGGAGAGGGCCAGGAAGAGGCCCGCCUGGUUCAGCUAAUGAUGCUGAGAUGAUAAUGCUGCACGUGAUGCAUACCCUGAGUUUGACACAUGACACACACACACACACACACACACUGUACUAUAUCAAAGAUGCGUUAUUUAGGGACACAAAGUCAUUGUAUUAACUCAUUUUUUCAACUGAGAAAUGUACUGUAAAUGUUGUUGUUUGACAAUAAAUCCAUUAUUUGAAAGAGAA